AUGGUUUUGAAUUGGAUCGAUUAUUUGAACAUUACUCAGUCUAUGCUUUUGGUUACGAACCUAGGUCACGCGGUCUGCUCAAUUUUGUUGACUAAAUUGUUACAUGUAUCUCUUGUUUUGCUGGGCCGGCACCUAGUGCUGCUGGUAUUGGGAAACGGAAUUCAAAAUUUUCAAUUUCGUGCAGAGUUGGCUGAACAGUUCUUAAAACCGGCGUGCUUAGAUAAAUUACUAAUAGUUGCUACUAUGUGCUUAACGAUAGAUGGUGAUGAUGAAGCAAAACCUAAUAUCGACGUGCUUGAUUUUCUGGUUUUGUGGAGUUUGUUAUGUUUGGUUUUUAAGCAUCUAUCGCAGAAAACGAUCCAGCGUUUAGACACGAUUACCCAUUUAGAGGGUACUAAAGGGAAGCAGCGUAGUACAGUAACGGAUUUGCGUAUCAUUGCCGUUUCUUUUACUUGCCUUCUUGUUUCUGUCAUAAUGCUUGCCUCCAGCAUUUUCGCUUUCACAAUUUCACCACUGUUUGCUACAUUUAUGUUUUUUGAGGUUGGAUUUGCUAAUCAUAAGAGCGAGCUUUAUUACUGA